CUCUCAUUUCCUGUUGCUGUGGUUGAUGUUAAACUCAGCCGCUUCAAGACUGUAGACAGAAGACCAGCAGCUCUUUGGGAAUAAAAUCCAGGGCUCCCACUCCAUAUUUGACUGCUGAGACAUCCUGCCUCGGAGACUGAACAACUACCAGAUUCUCAGGCUUCCUGGCAAGAGACAACCAUAGUGGGACCCCUCAGGCCACAUCCUCUAAGCCAGUCUAAUGAAUCCCCUUUUAAUACAUGCCUUCUGUCAUGUCUGUUCCUUUAGAGAGGCCUGACUAAUACAGGACUUAUUUCUGAAGACCACAGAAGUUCCUUUGGGACCAUCUCCCAUCUCAAAGCCUAACAAUCUGUGUUCUAUAGCGCUGACAAGGCAGGGUUAAGAGAAAAAUGAGCUGCAAGCCAUAUAUGGAGAAACCCAGUGUGGAAGUUUCAUAACAACUUCACGUUCUGCUUCCAGGCUUCUCAAGCUGACGCUGACUGCACUUUGCAAAGCUGGCCAUAAAGAAGCAGAGGGCUGAAGACGUCGUUCAGUGGCAGAGCCCAUGCCUAGCCCAAGCGACCCUGGGUUCAACCUCCAGCACAGGAAGAAGGAAAAAAAAAGUCUGAACGCUGAGAGAACCAAGCAUCCUGUCAGAACGCCGGGGUUCUGGGUUCUAGGUCCAUCUGCAGCCAGAGGGAUCAUGCAGGCCCUCCUUGCCGUGAUAGCCUGGAUGGCUUCUUCCGUUUCUAGUGCUUCAUAUACAGCAAGUACUUUGCCAGAUAUAGCAGAUGAGGACUUCAUCAAAAAAUGUGUUCAAAUUCACAACCAGUUCCGGUCAAAAGUGAAUCCAACAGCCAGGAAUAUGCUGUACAUGUCUUGGGACCCAGCACUAGCCCGGAUUGCAAAAGCAUGGGCAAAAUCUUGUCGAUUUGCACACAACCCACAGCUGAAAUCACGGCUGCACCCAAACUUCACCGUAGUGGGGGAAAAUAUCUGGACUGGAUCUUUAUUCCUCUUUUCGGCGUCUUCAGCCAUCUCAGACUGGUACAACGAAAUCAAGGACUAUGACUUCAGCACUAGGAGAUGCACAAAUGUCUGUGGCCAUUACACUCAGGUUGUUUGGGCAGAUAGUUACAAGGUUGGCUGUGCAGUGCAAUUUUGCCCUAGAGUUUCUAACUUUGAAAGCCUUUCUAAUGGAGCACAUUUCAUAUGCAACUAUGGACCAGGAGGAAACUACCCAACGUGGCCAUAUAAGCGAGGAACCACUUGCAGUGAUUGUCCAGAAGAUGACAGGUGUCUCAACAAUCUCUGCAUUAACCCACAGAGAGACGCUGUCUCACGUUACUACUCUGUUGACUAUCCAGAAUGGCCCAUAUAUCUACGUAACAGAUACACAUCUCUCUUUCUCAUUGUUAAAUCAGUACUUCUAAUACUGUCUGUUAUAAUUACCAUUUUGGUAAAGCACAAAUACCCUAACUUAGUUCUUGUGGACUAAUGCCAUCAGUGGGGGACUACUUAUUCCUAAGUGGCUAUUUUAAAAUAUUUAAUAGAGCCUUAGAACUGUGGAGUUUCCUAAGUCUACAAAGAGUAAACUCUCCUUUCUACUUGAUGAAUAAGGACUGUCUAGGUUGCCACAGCUAGGCUUUCAGCAACAGACUGCCUGCCUGUGGCUCAGAGCUGCAGAACACACCUUUGAUAAUUAUUAUAAAUCCAAUUGCCCUCACAGCUCCCAGGUUGAGAAUACUUGCUGCUCUUGGGGAGGACCUGUGUUUGAGUCCCAGCACUCACAUGGUGCCUCACAACCACCUCUAGUUCCAGGGGAGCCGAUGCCUGCUUUUGGCCUCAGUGGACACACUGCAUACAUGCAGGUUAGAUGCCCACAUACGCUUUUCUGGUACCAUUUCCUCAUAGUUAGGAUAAUAUUUGGAGUCCUGGUUUUUCUGUUUGUGGGUGGUUUUGUCCUGGAAUAAAAUAAAGUCAAAACAGUU